AACCCUACGAACAUCAUCCAUUUCAUCCCCAUCCAUACUAUUGGUACUUCUAGUGCUUCAUUGACAUGUCAUUUUGCUAUGGCUAAAGUGUAAGAGCUCUCAUGAAAGCCCAAAAACAUGGCCCGAAAACCUGGAAAACUGUAAAACCCGCGAAAAUCAGGUCCAGUCCACGGCAUAAUUUUGGAAUUCGGUUUCGGGUUCACCCAAAUAAGCCCAAGUUUUCUUCUCCGAUUACCGCUCCUCAGUUGGACGUUAAUGGAGCUCUGAGCUCCUCCUUCUCCUCGGAGUUCACUCUUCUCCUCUGUACUGCAGACUCAAGCCGAUUCUCUCAACAUUUCGCUCACUUGUGUCUUCUCUUGCUUGUCUUGUGCCCCUGAUUUUACUUCCUCGCCUUGUUCGUACUGGUUCGCCGCUCAGGUCUACCGUCACUUCUUCUCUUGCCGAGGCUUUCCAGUGUGGAAUCCUUUGGAGAAACCAUGGAGAACCAGAAACUGAAGACCACCAUUGUUGAGACCUCACCAUCACCAACCCCAACAGUAUCUGCUUUGGAGGUUGCUCUAGGCCAUUUGAUUUGCGCCAUUGGAAUUGCCAUCUCCUUCUGGCUGACCAAAUAUGUUCAUUUCAUCACUCUCAUCUCUCAUCCUUCUGAAUACCUCCGCCUGAUCUGGGUGAUUCACUGCCCAAUUGUGAUUAUUCUUUACAGUCGUUUUAGGCAGAACUGUCAACAAUGUUCGUUCUUCAGAGCUGUAGGGCGUGGCAUAGUAGGACUUUUUGCUGGGGCUAUGGUGAAUGCUUUUGUAGCCAUUGCUUUGGGCACCCCAAUAGGCGUAAAGUAUUUUUCAAAGACCAUUAAUUGGUCUAUGAUGAUGUCAUUGUUCACGGCAAGUAUCAUAGCUUUUCUUGUUUCACAGGUUGCGCCCGCAGCUUCAGCUUUUGGCUCAUCGUGGACAGAUUGGCAGCGCAUAUUUGCUUAUACAAAACCAGUUGGGCCUAUAGAUUAUAUGAUUUGUCUACCAGCACAUGGAGCUGUAAUAGGAGCAUGGUUUGGGGCUUGGCCAAUGCCACUUGACUGGGAAAGGCCUUGGCAGGGAGAAAGGUUAUGAGGACUACUGAGAAGAGAAGUACUGCCCUUGUUUUGGAGGACAGUUCAACUCAAAUACUGCUUCCUAAAGAGUACAGUACUACUUCAGUUGAUCGGCUGAUUGAAAAAAAUCAUGCUGUAGUAUUGGCAACAAAUGUAAAGCACUUGAUAAAUACUAAUGAUCAUGUUGAUCGUCAUGAAACUGAUCAUAGGUUUUUGCAAUCUGUCCCAAGUCCAGGAGUUGGAAACUAGCCAAAACCUGUCUUCAGAUUUGAUUUAUUGGGGAAUAUAUAUAUAUAUAUAUUUCUUGUGAAGCUCUUAUAGUAAGUUUGAUUAAUUUACGUUAAUUACUUGUUGAAUAGUGUGUUUGACUAUUUCUUGUUGUUCUGAAUAAACAAACUAGUGAGAAUAUGUGUAAUAUAUUGCUCAAGCAUUAAUGAAAAACUUUAUUAGUUGCAUAUAUAUA